AUGAACUUCGCACCGUUCACUGGACAUAUUCCGACUGCGGCAGCGAUCCCUACUAUUCACCAGUUCGCCGCAAAAUUUGGAUAUGAAGGCGGCGGGAGCAGUUCGGGAGGAGUUCUGCAAGAGACACGUUACCAGGCCGCCGGAAGUGGUGGUGGUUUGCAGUUUGCAGUCGCACCAGCGUCAGGGACUGUGUCUGUUGAUGGGGUCAAGUUCAGACAGGGGGAGAGUGUGGUGGUUGUCAGCAAUGCCCAACCAGGCACUGUAGCACUUGCAGGGAUUGCUCCUUUACAUACUGUGAACACCGGCGUGAAAUAUCAAACAAUAUCGUCAUCAUCCUCAGUGAACCUCGGCAAUAUUGCGUACGGAGGACAAACGAGUUACGUGCAGGCAGAGACGGUUCACCAGCAACUUAAGACGGAACAAAGAGUUGACAAAAGAGAAUAUCGUGAAGAACUACACCACGAUCUCAUGGCGACAAUGAUGCAGCAACAUCAAGUGACUCAAACAACGCCGCUUCAGCAAGGUCAACAACUCCUCGUGGUGCUACACGAGCCUAAGGAAGCGGCUGCUUUGGCGCGCGCCAUCAAGCAAGAAGCGAGGCCUGAGCGAGCCGCGGCUACCGCACCUGCUGAGUUUAUCAGCAUCGGGGACGUAACGGACAGCUCGACCUGGCAAACGCUAGGUGGUGGCGUUGCCGACUACCUCUCCGCUCUACCACUGCCGUUACAUCACCUGCUGAAGUACUCUGCGCCGGCAACAGUAGAGAGCAAGCGUGAAGAACAGCCCACUAUUGUGACAACUGUCAAUGCAAAUGCAUUGAAUGGUAUGCAGACUAUUGCGACGAUGCCCUCAAACAGCGUUGUCGUACAAACGGCAACAAUAAUGAACCAAACAGCUAACGGUAACACCAACACCGUCUGCGUGUCCAAGAGAAAGAAAAAAAAGAAAAAUCUGAAGGAGAAGAAGCAGCGGCCCAAGCCUGGCGAGAUCCGACUCACUACUGCAUUAGAUGGCAGCACUCUCUACUGCUGUCCAGAGUGUCACAUGGCAUACCCAGAACGGGAGUUAUUGGAACAGCAUUUAGUCGGACAUACCAUGGAACGCAGGUUCAUCUGCGACAUUUGCAACGCGGCGUUAAAACGAAAAGACCACUUGACGCGGCAUAAGCAGUCACACAAUCCAGACCGACCGCACGUGUGCUCCGUGUGUCUAAAGGCCUUCAAACGGAAGGAACAACUCACUUUACACUUCGUCAUACACUCUGGCGAGAAAAGGCACGUGUGCAACGAAUGUGGCAAAGGUUUCUACCGCAAAGAUCAUCUCCGCAAGCAUACGCGUUCGCACAUUGCUCGUCGCGUGAAGGCAGAACUAUCUCAGCAAGGGACUUCAAGCACCCCACCGCUGUCAUCUGUGCCAGCACCCGCGCCUGAGCCUUCUUGA